UCUCCAUCACUCUUCAGGUAUGUUUCUCUGACACUUGAUUAUGUUUUCUUUUCUGAUUUCUGCAAAACCCUAGAAAAAGUAUUUCUUACAGUGCGGGAAAGCCAUAGCAAAGCUAAUAAUCUGCUAAAAUUCGGCCACCACGUUCUUUGGAUCUUUCGUAUUCUAUUCGUUUUGUCACACCUAUGGAACAUUUGACGAUGGGGUUUUUAGGUUUUCACGGAAAAUCGAUUCAAGUUCAGUAAUGGUGAGGAAUUCAGAGAUUUGGGUAAGAAGAUAAUGUUCGGAUUGGGAGAAGAAGGGUCUCUGGAUUGUAUGGGCCAAGAAUGCCAGAGCUGCGUAGUGGGGUACGUCGUGCCCGUGCUCCGAUCGUAGAUCAGGGGCGCAAGACGAGAGGUCGAGUUGCGAAGAAAUCCGAACCUGUGGUUGGUAAUUGCAUCAGAACCAGAGCCGCAGUUGCUAAGGAGGCUGCGAAGGCGGAAGCUGUUCGAAUUGGGGUUAAGACUCGGGCAGGGAAGCCCAGAACGAGGUUGGCCGUGAGGAAUCGGGCCAAGGCUGCGGUGAUUGUGAUUUCAGAGAAGAACGGUGUUUCUGGGCGUGAUCGGGUCAGGGAGGCUCCAGAGGAAGGGAAAGAUAAAGCCGGAGAUCGGAUUGCCAAUUUAGGGGACAAGGUUUGGGCGGACAAUCGUAAGAAAGAAAUGAUGGGCGACGAUAGCGGUGGCUUGAGUGCCAACAAGGCUGGUGGGCAGGAAGAAGAAGGGAGCACAGCGCCUUUCCCUGAAAGGGUUCAGGUGGGAGGAUCCCCAGUCUAUAAGGUUGACAGGAAGUUGGGCAAAGGGGGGUUUGGUCAGGUAUUCGUGGGUCGUCGUGUAACAGGAGGGAAUGAGCGGUCAACAAGUUCUGGGCCUAUGGAGGUGGCGCUAAAAUUUGAACAUAGAACCAGCAAGGGGUGUAACUAUGGUCCUCCAUAUGAGUGGCAAGUUUACAGCAAUCUUGGUGGCAGUCAUGGAGUGCCAAAAGUACACUACAAGGGGAGGCAAGGGGAUUAUUAUGUAAUGGUUAUGGACAUGUUAGGUCCAAGCUUGUGGGAUACAUGGAACACUUCAGGGCAAGCGAUGUCAUCAGAAAUGGUAGCUUGUAUUGCAGUGGAGUCUAUAUCGAUCCUAGAGAAGAUGCACUUGAAGGGUUAUGUCCAUGGAGAUGUAAAGCCUGAGAACUUCCUGCUCGGUCAGCCAGCUACGCCUCAGGAAAAGAAGUUGUUUCUUGUUGAUCUUGGAUUAGCAACAAAAUGGAGAGAUAGCACUAGUGGCCAGCAUGUAGAGUACGAUCAACGUCCCGAUGUAUUCAGGGGAACUGUUCGUUAUGCUAGUGUUCAUGCCCACUUAGGAAGAACUGCAAGUAGAAGAGAUGAUCUGGAAUCUCUUGCAUAUACCCUGAUCUUUCUUCACCGAGGGAGGUUACCAUGGCAGGGUUAUCAGGGAGAUAAUAAAUCAUUCCUAGUUUGCAAGAAAAAGAUGGCAACAUCACCUGAAAUUUUGUGUUGCUUCUGCCCUCCGCCUUUUAAGCAAUUUCUUGAGGUUGUGGUGAACAUGAAAUUUGAUGAGGAGCCUAAUUAUUCCAAGCUAAUAUCUUUGUUUGAUGGUUUGAUUGGACCAAAUCCUGCUGUAAGGCCAAUUAAUACUGAUGGCGCUCUGAAGAUUAUGUAUCAGGUUGGUCAGAAACGGGGUAGGUUGACCAUUGAUGAAGACGACGAUGUACUACCAAAGAAAAAGGUCCGUUUAGGAGUUCCUGCCACUCAGUGGAUUUCAGUCUACAACGCCAGGUUGCCAAUGAAACAGAGAUAUCACUAUAAUGUGGCCGAUGGACGACUGGCACAACAUGUAGAAAGAGGAAAUGAAGAUGGCCUGCUUAUAAGUUGUGUGGCUUCUUGUUCCAAUCUUUGGGCACUUAUCAUGGACGCUGGCACUGGUUUCUCAUCCCAAGUUUAUGAGCUGUCACCAUACUUCUUACAUAAGGAAUGGAUUAUGGAGCAGUGGGAGAAGAAUUACUACAUCAGUUCUAUAGCUGGUGCCAACAAUGGAAGUUCUCUAGUUGUGAUGUCCAAAGGGACCCAAUACACUCAACAGUCUUAUAAAGUCAGUGACUCCUUUCCGUUCAAGUGGAUAAACAAGAAGUGGAGAGAAGGAUUCCAUGUAACCUCAAUGGCGACUGCUGGAAGCCGAUGGGGUGUUGUCAUGUCUCGAAAUGCCGGCUUCAGUGAUCAGGUUGUUGAGCUUGACUUUCUCUAUCCGAGUGAAGGCAUUCACAGACGUUGGGACUCUGGUUAUCGGAUAACAUCGACAGCUGCUACAUGGGAUCAAGCGGCUCUUAUCUUGAGUGUGCCUAAGCGCAGACCUAGUGAUGAAACUCAGGAGACCUUGCGAACAUCUCAGUUUCCAAGUACUCAUGUUAAGGAGAAAUGGGCAAAGAAUCUCUAUCUAGCAUCUGUGUGCUACGGACGAACAGUAUCUUGAUUCUGGGA